ACCUAAUCAGUUGCGUUCUUUACUCUUUUAAUUAUGCAUUCAUUUCCCACUAACUACGCAACCUAAAUAUGCUGAAAAAGGGUUUUGGAAUUUUGUUUAUUUUAACAUUUUUCUAUGUGAAUUUGUACAGUGAAGCUAAACAUAGAUUGAAAAAGGAUUUUGGACCACGUGUUGUUGGUGGGAAGAACGUGUCUGUAGAACAAUAUCCACAUUCAAUACAGUUUUUUAAUUUGGGCGCUAUGUGUGGUGGAGUCAUUCUUAACAGUUGGACACUCUUAACAUCGGCUCAUUGUCUAGAAAACAAUAGAGACAUUGAUGAAAUGGUGGUACAAAUUGGAGCAAGACAUAUGUACGACGUUCAAGCAAAGAUGCACAACCUACAGCAUUUUGUCGUACACGAAGAUUACAACAAGAGGAUUCCUUUUUCGAAUGACAUUGCCAUACUGUUUGUUAAGAAACCAAUACAGUUCUCCAAAAGGGCUAAGAAAGCUAUACUUGUAGACAACAACCGCUGGAUGAGCCCCAAGGAGAAAAAGUUCGUUGUAACAGGCAGAGGUUUGACACAGUUCAACGGAUCAUUAUCAGAUCAGAUCAAGAUGGCCGUCCUAAAAUAUGUACCAGCGCAAGAAUGCAGUCGACUACAUGAUCUGGAGCUUUCUCCUGACAUGUUCUGUCUUUAUGGAGAUGGAAAGAGAGAUACCUGCCGCGGAGACUCUGGUGGCGGAGUACUUUGGCGUGGGAACUUGGUUGGUCUAACUUCGCAUGGUGAUGGGUGUGCAAAGAAAAACAAACCUAGCGUGUACACAAACCUCUGGUACUUCAGACAUUGGAUCAAAAAGGAGAUGUCUAAAUUCGUAAAACUUUACUGCCGACGACAAAACAAAAAGAAACUAAAACGACGAAACAAGAAAUCAAAAAAUAUGUUAUAAGCUGAAUGAUUAUGUUCUUCUAUUCAGGGAACUAUGUAUGUACUUGUCAAAGAGUAAAUAAAUACCAAUAGGGGAAAGAA